AUUUAAAAAAAUAGCAGUCAAAGACGCAACACGACGUGUAUUUCUCGAAGAAGUUGUCCGUCAUUUUGUUAUAUUUGUGUAUUUUGUCGGCAAUUUUAUGUGAUUAUUCAAAAACAUGGCGAAAUUGGUUGAUAUAUACAAUAGCGAAAAAGAACCUGUGAUAAAAAGGCGACAAUUACCGUUAACUAUCUAUGAAAACCUUACCAUGAUUAUGGAUUUAAACACAAUGGGGUUGAUAUGCGACAACCAGCAAGUGAAGGGGCGUGAGUACGAGGAGUUCAUGCGCAAGUACAGGAUCCUCACGACUGACGAGCUCAAAGCCGCGCUUAGAGUCGACGCCUCCGAUAUAUUUAACGUAUUAAAUCAAAGCAUUCCUUGUGUUGGCUGUCGAAGAAGUGUUGAACGUCUGUUUUAUCAAUUAUGUAAAUCGGGACAUCCCACAUUGGACCCUUUGGUCCUAUCGCCAGAUGAGAUUAUGACAAUAAGGGAAGAUAAAAUUAUACACCCACAAUCACUUGCCACUUUGCUUAAUGGUCACAGUACGGGCAUAGAAUGCCUGAUAGUGAGUCAGCCACGGUGGAAGAAGUCUCAGCGUUGCACCCUGCACUCGCUGGAGGCGGGCGGGGCCCGCGGCUGGUCUGCGGGCGGCGCGGGCCCGGGCUGGUGCGGCUGGGCGGCGGCGUGCGGCUGGGGCGGGCGCGCGGCGUGGCGCAGCGCCUGGGACGCCAUGCGCUCCGCCGCGCGCGACCACGUCACGCUCGUACACUUCAAUACUCUGCACGACACGCUGCAUAACUACCUCCGGAAACAUCGCUUCUGUGCAGACUGUAAGACUAAGGUUUUAAGAGCUUAUCAGCUGUUAGUUGAAGAGAAGGAGCCGCAGAAAGAGAAGGGUUAUGUGGGGGCGUUGUAUGGAGGCAUCAAGCGGUGUCUGUUGGACAAACACCUGCACCUUCAAGCCAAGACAGACUAUAUCGCACACCUUAUAGCGCGCGCAGAACCAGAACUACUAGGAAACCACCGCGAGAGACACGCUAAGACACUAGAAAUUGCACAGGAAGAAGUACUAAUAUGCCUCGGGAUUUGCAUAUACGAGCGGCUACAGCGCAUAUCUCUGCGUCUACGCGAGGAAGAAGGCACGUGUCAGACCCUUGCAGCAGUAGCAGUGGAAGCUUUGUAUCGCAAGUUCGAGACCGCAGUUGAACAGAAGAGUGGCGUCUCCAAACUACAGUUACUUUACGACGAAAUAACACAAGAGGAACUCACGCGACAACAACGUAAGGAACAAAAGAAACUCAAGCGUCGCAAGAAGAAGGAGCGGCAGGCCGUCGAAAACAAAUGCAAGGAAGCAGACUCAGAGGAACCAGAAGAAAAAUGCCAGUGUGAAGAGUGCCUAUUGGAAGAACGAGACACGCCAACCGAUCUGCUAUCUCCGCGAGACUACAACCAGUGUUAUGAGGCCGGCGGAGAAGGCUGCACCUCUUGUCAGGAUGAUUCCACUAAACGUCGCUCACCCAAAAAAUCCGGCAAGAAAAGGGCUAAAAAUGGCAACCUCUCACCAAACGAACAUUCUCAUGACUGUGGCUACUCAUCCGGGAACAAUGGAGGCUGCUGUGAAACAAUGUCUGGCUCUUCAUCCCUCAUGAGUUCUCCCGAAGGGUCAGAGGUGGCGUGUUCCGAAGGAUUUUGUAACCACGAGAGAGGCGACUGUUUAGAUUUGGCUAAAAACGACAAGAUUUCAUGUACUGGCUUUCCACUCUCCCUACAGGAAAUGUUAAUGGAUACUUGUUCAUCAGAUGACGAACAGGACACCAGUUAUAUUCCUAUAGAGGAGGUAAUGGAAUUUAAAUCGCGUAGGAAUAUAACGGAGAAAAGACAGGAGUUACGACAGAACUUACGCCAAAAAUUCGAGCGGUUGUGUGUGUCGUCGCCACCGACGCUGCCGUUGAAAGACAAGCAGCCCGCUUAGACCUCCCGAUGUCCGUUCCCUAACUGAAGUCCCCGUCUUAUGGUAAAUAUUCAGGAACUUGUUGAAAAUGUGUAGUUCAAUAAAAGGACUUCUUUUAUGGGAUUUGUUUAUUAAGUGCAUAUUGCAAAAUACCGUCGUCAUUUUACUCGACCUGGCCUCAACACCUUAGAAUAAACGCAUUGUGUGAUGUCACCUGUUCUAGCUAAUUAUUAUAAUAAUGACUCUCCCGGUCGCCUCGUCGGUAAACUGGCUGCCGGUCGUUUGCAGUGGCUGCGUCUCAUCCUUGCACUAGACACCAACCCGUUAAGUUCCCACUAUGGGCUAUGUUACUCAAAUUCGUUGAUUAGUUAAGGAAAUAAAGUCUUAUCAGAAAUUACAAGGUGUAACCUUAUAGAACUAGUCAAAGUAAUAUCAUUGAUUGACUACUUACUACAGAAUGCUGGCACAUUUUUGAUAAGAUUUUAUUAAAGACAAUAGAAACUGCCUUAUUGUGUUUUGAUAUUUUAUCUUUUUUUUAUUUGCCUGAUAAUCAUGUAUAUCUUAUGAACCAUCCACCCAAUCCAAUUAGUAGAACACAAAAUUAUAUUGUACAUUUGACUUGGAACGCUUCUUGUAUGGAGCUGAUGGGUGCUUGUAGUAUAAAAUACUGAUAUUUAUAUUGUAGUUAACAAAUAUAUUGAUCAGUACAGAGUUUAAUCCAUCUUGUUCUACUCGCGACAGGUAAGGCAUAAUAUAUAAUCAGGUGCAAGUUGAAAAAUUCCAACACUAAUGUGACUGGACAAACCCAGCAUUUAAAGAUAUUUACUAUUUAAAAUGUUAGGAAGCUUAGUAAAAUAUUUAAAGUAGCAUUUUUUGAUCAAAUUAUUUUAUUUUCAAUGCUUUAUGUGACUCAAUGAUUAUAAUGUGGUACAUGAUAUUGAUGAAUUAAUUAUUGCUCGUUAUCAAGCUUAUAAACAGCAGAGGAUCGGGAGUUACCUUGGCUGUGUCGCCAUUGUUAUUAAAGCGAAAAACAUUUGUAACUCAGUUUUAAAUAUACUAUAAUACAAUA